UAUGGUGUGAAACUUGCUGCUGGAUCAACAUGCUUGUCCGUUUUCAUUACCGUUCUCUCUUCUUCGCCAAAACUCCCGUUACUUCUCUCCGUUACUUUUGCUCUUCACGACUUCACUCAAUCGAUCAAACGCCGUCACUUCCACAAUUAGAACCUUCAAACGACGCCGAUUUAAUCUCCCAACUACUCCUUCAACACCACAACCCAUUUCACGCUAUGGAAUCUUCUCUUCAGCUCAACGGCAUUUCCUUCACUCCUUUCCUUAUCAACCAAACACUCCUUCGCUUAAAACAUAAUUCCAAAAUUGCCCUCUCCUUUUUCCACUAUUCCCAAAAUUACCCUCUUGAUACCACUGCUUUUAAUAUCCUUAUUGAUAUUCUAUGUAAAGUGCACCAGUUUGAUGUUGCAUGGCAACUUAUUGUACAAAUGGAAACUAAAUCUGUGAAAAUUAAUUUUACUACGUUUUAUUUGUUGAUACGUAGGCUUAUUGGGUCUGGGUUGACCCGACAAGCUAUUCGGGCAUUUAGUGAAAUGCAUGUGUUUCUUGAUGAAAGUGAAGAUGUGGUUUGGAAAUGUUAUUUUUGUUAUUUACUUGAUACACUUUGUAAAUAUGGGUAUGUUAAGGUUGCUACUGAAGUGUUUAAUAAAGAGAAAUGGAGAUUAGAGUUGAACUGUAAGGUUUAUACUAUUUUGAUUUAUGGUUGGUGUAAAUUGAAGAAUAUUGAUAGGGCUAAGAGGUUUUUUGAUGAAAUGUUGGAUAAAGGAAUUGAUCCAAAUGUUGUUAGUUAUAAUGUGCUGUUAAAUGGGAUUUGUAGACGAGCGAGUUUGCAUCCGGAUGGGAGGUCUGAGAAGGUUAUUAGGGAUGCAGAGAAGGUGUUCGAUGAAAUGUCUGAGAGAGGUGUGGAACCGGAUGUCACUAGUUACUCUAUACUCUUACAUGUCUAUAGUCGGGCUCAUAAACCCGAGUUGGCGCUUGAGAAAUUAAGGGUUAUGAGACAUAAAGGGAUAUGUCCGAAUAUUGUGACGUAUACGUCGGUUAUUAAGUGUCUUUGUUCUUGUGGUAGGAUUGAAGAUGCGGAGUUGUUACUCGAGCAAAUGGUUUCGAAUGGGGUGACUCCCACGUCGGUGACGUAUAAUUGUUUCUUUAAAGAGUUUAAAGGGAGGAAGGAUGUCGAUGGUGCGUUGAGGUUGUACGGGAAAAUGAAGGAGGGUUCGUUUUGUGAACCUAGCGUGAGUACGUUUAAUAUAUUGUUGGGGAUGUUAUUGAAAUUUGGUCGAAUUGGGGUGGCGAGAGAUAUUUGGGACGAUAUGAAGGAUUCUGGAGCAGGGCCUGAUUUGGAUUCGUAUACAUUGUUGAUUCAUGGAUUUUGUGAGAAGCAAAAAUGGAAAACGGCAUGUGAAUUCUUUAUGGAAAUGAUAGAAAAAGGAUUUCUUCCACAGAAGGUGACGUUUGAGACACUUUAUAGAGGCUUAAUACAAGCCAAUAUGCUGAGAACUUGGAGAAGGUUAAAGAAAAGACUUGAUGAGGAAUCAAUAACUUUUGGUUCAGAAUUUGAAAAUUAUCACCUCAAGCCUUAUAGAAGGUAAUCUGAUGAAAUUUUUGAAAGGGGUACAAGGCUGAACUGUCUGAUGUCAAGCUAAAGGGCUAACUGAUAUUUCCGGAUUCAUGGGGAGCUGUUUAUAAUUGAUGAUGUAACAGACAUCAAGGACAGAAGUAAGAUGCUUAUGCUUUAGUUCAUGCUGUAAUGGGCGAUGCCAGGCACAUUGAAGGGGCCACUCUUAAUCUCAAGGAGGACCAUUCGCCCAACCAAGUAAUGAAAUGAUUCAGAUUGAAAGUAUAUGUUCAAGCAAAUGAUGGGCAAUAAUACCCAAACGGAUGCUCAAAUGGCUUCUCGCAGGACUUCCAUUGGCAAUCUUGAAGUGCAAAUGGGCCAAAUUUAUCAAGCCCUCAACUCGAGACCAAAGGGUGCUCUACCAAGUAAUACGGGGGCUAACCCUAAAGGUAUAGAGGAGAGAAAAUGGAGAACACUGGGGUAAUGUCAACAAAAUAUAAAGAAAAAUUGUGGUGAGGAAUUUGGUUGAUGAGAAGGAUAAGAAAGUGAAGGAGUUGCAAGAUGACAUUGCUGCAGUCAUUUUUAACCCACAAGCAAAAUGGGAUAGAUGCUGAUGGCUAAAUGUAGGACACUGCAGGAGGAAAUUGAAGAGAUCGGAACCAGGCUAAUGAAGAAGUCUCAGAAUGCUGAUCUCAAAAGUGAAUUUGAAGGUUAAUUUUCUCUCCAGUUGCUUUAGAAAAUAUCUCUCUUUUCCUUUUGAUUGGGCUAGGAAUUCUUGUUUGCUGCUAGUCUUAUUGGAAUCGACUGGUUGUUUUGGUCCAACAGGUAUUCUGGAUAUGAUCCUCGUGAUGAUAAUAUUGGUGAGGAUAUUUUAAUUUGCCUUAAAUAUUGAAACUGCUGGUAAUAUUUGCAAAUACGCCCCCUGGUUCAUCUGACAUUACAUGAGUAAAGACAGUCACUAUUAGAUUAUAUUUUGGUUGCUUUUUGGUAGGAUCUUUUUGCUUCAGUAAGCAGUUGACAAGGAAUUAUACUAAAAUUAAUUAAUGUUUUUUCCAUGAAAAAUAUAUUACCUGGAAAGAUCGUUUCCAUGAUGAUUUUCUGUUGUUCGGUUGGAUACGAAAAUAGCAGAUACUAUAUUGUAUGAGAUAUACGGUAGGAUAGUAGAAUAAUGUGUUCAUAGUAAUUUGGUAAAAAUCAUACGGAACCUGUUUAAUUAUAGAUGAAAAUUCACUGAUAGCAUAAAAAGCUCUUUACACUAUAAGUAUAUAUAACUUAAAUAGAUUAAAAACAAGUAUGAUUGAAUAAAAAUUGGUAAGUCUGUAAAAGGAAAUGAGUUCCACUUCAUUAUACUAAACGCAGAUGAAAAUCUAGUUUGAUUGUGCAUUUAAAUUGUGGGGGAAGGGAGAGGUACUAAUAGAUAAAACAAGAUAUAGAAAUUUCAAUUAAAAAACAGUCCUCUCAAAAUACAAAAAUUAAGCUCCCUAAACAAGAUCCUCCAAAAAAAUCCAAGUGAAUGUAUAAUCCAAGUACAGGCAAGGAAAUGGGCCAUCAUCAUCAUCAUCAUCCUAAGCUAAAGAAAGAGAUAGCAAUUCAUACAUAUAGAAGCAAAUUAAAACAAAUGAUGCAGGAUGAAAAGAGAGUUCUACAUUAGAAAGCAGAGUAGACCCCAUCCUAAGACCAAGCUUUCCACAACCAUUGUUGACAACUUUAGGCCCUCCCCUCCACUCUGCAAAUUAAACAUGCUUCCAAAUUAAUAUCAAUAAAUGACCAUAAGAAUAAUUGCUUUUAAAAAGAGUUACUAAUUAAAUAGGAUUACCGACUUAUAAA